CCUCCAUUCCCGGUCCACCGACUUCCUGAUCCAGAUGCCACGGACGAACCUCUGUCGUGCUCUCCCCCUAUUUCUAUGUUCGGACCGCAGACCCCACUGUUGUCUGGCCUGCGUCCGUUGGUUUCCCACCCUCCGUCUUCCCUAGCUCAUCUGAUGUCUUCUGGUUCCAUACAUCGCGUCUGCUGUGGCACUUGUGUCGGCCAUUCCAGGCUGCCCCUCUGUGUGCCAGCACCAUGCCGGCUUCUUCGGACAUCCCGCUUGAUUGGGAAGGCCAUCGCAGGAAGAUCGAGGACCUUUACUGGAACCAGGCCAAGGAGCUUCCCGAAGUGAUGCAGAUCAUGAAGGAUGUCUAUGGCUUCGUCGCAACCAAGAAGAUGUACAAGAAGCACCUCAAAGCUUGGGGCCUGGAGAAAAACCUCAAGACAGCCGAGUCGAUUGCCAUGCUCAAAAUUGCUGAGAGACGUCGCGCCGCGAACAAGGACACCCGCUUUACCUGCCGUGGUCGGCCCGUGGAACCCGGAAAGCUGCGCCGGUUCGCCAAGCGCCACAACUUGGUGGUGGACGGGGCGGCCAAUGCCCUCUCUGAUCAGAAGGUGUCGACUCCACCCAGCAUCACGUAUACCACGCCCGAGCCGGACCCGUCCAAUAACUCCCUCCCGCCAGCGCCCCUGCCUUACCCUGAAUCAGACACCAGCGAGGCGGACCAAGUUGAGCCGGAGGAUCCUGCGGGAUCUUCUGCGUUCGACAAUGGCAAAGCCCCCCAAGUCCGAAGCACCUCUUGGGUGGCCCCUGAAGCCAUAGCUUGGCCGCUUAACAGCGCUUACCGCGAACCCCCAGGGCCGCCUCACCAAGAUCUAGGUGCCAGCUUCAUUUCGACUGCGUUUUCCGGUUACCAGGGAGGAGAGAUGCUGCGCCACGUUCCGCGGAGCAGUAACGAUAUGGGUUCCGUAUUCUCUCCGCCUACAUGGCCGCCACUCCCCAACAUCCCGGGCCAUGGGUAUCGAGUAGCCGAUGGGAUCCCCUCCUACAUUUUUGUCGCGCCGCCGCCGCAGCAGCACACACUUCCAGCCCUGAACGACUCGGGCUUUGAUCAUAGCGUGCCAGGCUUCACGAACAACUGCAGCCCGACCUCGGAUUCUGCAAUGCUGGGAGUGUCUAACAGCUUUGUCCACAGCAUGAACUCGGCUCAUGCGAUCGCCGCCGCCCUCCCAGACGCCAGCAACUCCGCUCUAGAGCACACGCCGCUACAUGACGCAGUCGUUGCAAACCGUGUCGACUUGGUCAAGGACCUCUUGGAGAGGGGCGCAAAUCCGAACUGCGCAGCGCGUGGCGGCAUGAGCCCCCUCCACUACGCUGCGUAUCAACGGAAUGUUGAGCUCGUCGCACUUCUCUUAAAAUUUGGAGCCAACCUCGACGCCAUGACGGACAAGAAACGGUCGAUCCUUUUCUUUGCCGUCCGCGGCCGGGGCCACGAGAGCAAUGACGACAUGCUCGCCUACGCCAGCCAGAAUAGCGUGGGCAACAGCUCCCACACGGAUGAGGCCACUAUACGCGUCCUCCGUGCUCUCUUCGACUCACCCUCGGGCUGGAUACGUCUCCGGCGUUGUCUCGACAAGGCCGACAAGGAUGGCGUGACUCCGCUGAUGGUCGCGGCCGAGCAGGGCUUUGAAGACACCGUGAGGCUGCUCCUGCGACGCGGCGCUCAGCCGGAUGUGAAGAACCAUGCCGGCCACACUGCGCUCAAGUACGCCGCGAGCAGCAACCACCGGAUGCUAGUCCGCCUGCUGCUGGAGGCCGACCCCGGUAUUCUCGAUCGUGAUUUGUCCCACCUGCUCAAGCUGGCCAGCAGGAACUUCACCGCCCGCGCCGCGACGGACCAUGUCCACGAGAAGGAUGGGCAGGAUGCGUGGUGUGAUGACUACCACAAGUUCACGUCGCGCCUGAUUGCCGAGGAGAUGGUGCAGCUGUGCCGGGAGAGGGGCCUGCUGGAUGGCCUGCUUACCUUGGCUGCGCAAAGACGGAAGGCCAACGUGCUAGAGCUGCUGCUUGGUGCCAUGACAAAGCUUGGAAUUGGGCGUCCCGGUGCUCGGCUGCUUAGCGGAUGCUGAGGAUGUCCUUCUGCCGUAGGAGAGGACACCAGAUGAUCCCUUAGCGGCACUGGAACCGGCCGGAACACACCGGGUGAGACGAAGCCUGGGAGGGAGGCUGCCAGCAGGCCACAAGGGUCGAACUGCGUCGCGAGAUCUGGAGGGAUUUGCAUCGCAAUGUCCCACAGCUACCUUCACGUCUUUGGCUUGGACAAGAAGUGCUCCGAUUUGGACCUUCAGGUAAUGCAUUGCACCACACUCUAACUUCGCGAA